CUGCAAUAUUAAUAAAUUGGUACAUUAUCGCAUAUUUUUUUAAAUGAGAUUGAAAUAAUAAAACUAAUCAAAGCAUGCAGGCUGCACCAUAUUCUGGCCUAUUCAGCCAACUCUAAAAGCAUCAGCUAUAAAAGGGUCCUUGCUGGUUGCUUUUAUGAACAUAAAAACAUGACAGAAGUAAUGGCUUCAGUAGAAAGAGUAGCAGAGAAGCAGGCUCAUGUAGUGUGCAUUCCUACCCCUGUUCAAAGCCAUAUGAAGGCAAUGCUGAAAAUGGCAAAGCUCCUUCACAGCAAAGGCUGUUUCGUUACAUUUGUGAAUACAGAGUUCAAUCACCGACGCUUGCUCAAAGCAGGUGCUCUUCAAUCUCUUGAACGCCUCCCUGGUUUCAGAUUUGAAACCAUCCCUGAUGGCCUCCCUCCGUCUGAUCCUGACGCCACCCAAGACAUACCUGCACUUUGUCAUGGCAUCAUAGAAAACAACAUGCUACCUCCACUUCAGACCCUUCUGUCGAAGCUCAAUGCUGGAAUCCAUCCAGUCACUUCGAUCCUCUCUGACGGUUUCAUGCCAUUCACAGCCGAUGCUGCACAUUCUCUUGGAAUUCCUAUUGUUUUGCUUUGGACAAUUGCUGCUUGUGCAUUUAUGGCAUUUUAUCAGUUCAAAAAUCUCCUUGAUAGAGGUCUUGUACCACUUAAAGAUGAGAGCUGUUUAACCAAUGGGUAUUUGGAGACCAUUGUAGACUGGAUUCCAGGUAUGCCAGAAAUUCGUCUGAGGGAUCUUCCAAGUCACAUCAGAAUUUUUGAGGCAGAUGAUUUUAUGUACAAGUUCUUUAUGGAAUGUACUCAAAGAGCAAAGAAUGCUACAGCAAUUGUAAUUCAUACCUUCGAUGAUUUGGAACAAGAACUUGUAAACGUCCUCUCAUCUAUGUUUCCCAAAGUAUACACAAUAGGCCCUCAACAGAUGCUCCUCAACCAAAUACCAUUAGAUCAGAAAGAGGGUCUGCAGAGCAUUGGAUAUAAUCUUUGGGAAGAGGAAAAAACAUGUCUUCAGUGGCUGGAUUCUAAAGAAGCUGAUUCUGUUGUUUAUGUCAACUUUGGAAGCAUAACAGUCCUGUCUGCAGAGCAGCUUAAGGAGUUUGGCUGGGGGCUUGCCAAUAGCAACUUCUGCUUCUUGUGGAUAAUCAGGCCCGACCUGAUCGUGGGUGAAUCGACAAAUAGUAAUACAUUGGGAGUUGAAUUUAUGGAUGCCAUCAAGGGCAGAGGCUUCAUAGCAAGUUGGUGUCCACAGGAAGAUGUCCUCAACCACGCGUCUGUGGGAGGCUUCUUGACGCAUGGAGGGUGGAACUCAAUUAUAGAGAGCAUAUCCGCGGGAGUGCCAAUGCUCUGUUGGCCUUUCUUUGCAGAUCAACAAAUAAACUGCAAGUUCUUGCGUGACAUAUGGGAGUGCGGACUGGAGAUUCCUAACGACGUCAGAAGAGACGAUGUGGAGAAACUUGUUCGACAAUUGAUGGAUGGAAUUGAGGGCAAGAGAAUGAGAAACAAGGCUAUCAAGUUGAAGGAAAUGGCUGAGCAGGCCUGUGCACCUAAUGGCUCAUCUUCUCUUAAUUUGGACAAACUGGUUCUUCUUCUCAAGAACUAAAAUGUACUAGAUGAAGCCAUAAACUUCCAUUUCUCUAUAUGAAUAAGGUUCUGUUUCUUCAGAUAAUAUCACCACUUCUAAAUUUGUGUGCAAUAAAACUUCAUGGAUCAGUUUUAGUGAAA